AUGCCUUCCUUUCUACGUGCCAGCGUUCAGCGCUGCGACGACUUCAUCUCACACCCCGAUGCGCACUGCGUGCGUCUUCCAAGCGGUUCCGACCUCUACUUCACGCUACCGAUCGACUUGGACUCCCGACAACCCAUGCCGCCCCAGGAUCUAAAAGCACUUGCUGCAUACCUAGAACAAACUCCACUACAUCCUGCAAAAGGAUCAAGCGGUCCCGUUUACCAAAAUAAUCUUAAAGUGCGGAGUAUCAUCAGCGACUGGCUCCAAGGCUCGCGGUACCUUGACGAUUUGGAGAUGCACGCGUGGAAGCUUGGUCAUGGCUUUCCAACAUUUGAUGAAUUCGGCUUUCCAGUCGAUUUCCACUGGGUGUGGGAUGUUAUCGCUUUCGAAGGAGGAGAAGAGUUGGUUUCCCAAUACGUCAAUGCUAUAAAUGCACCCGCAGAGCCACAAUCGCAAGCUCAUGCCGAAGACCAUCAUGACUCCACUCCGGUACGCCGCGCUCCUCGCAUAGCCGACACACCUCCUUCCAAUUCUCCGAUCCAGCAAUCGCAACAUCAACACUUUGGCCAGUACCGUGUGAGAGCCCAGGCCGACGCACCCGUCUCCUUACAUGGAGCUACCUUUGCAAACAAUGACGAUUUCGUAGCAUUCCUGAAGACACUUACCAAAUUCGAACAGACGUUGCUUAAAAACGACAUCAUACGAUUCGAAGGCAACAGCUCCAGUGGCCUGCGCAUGGUACGUGGACCGAAUGCGAAGUUCCUCCAUGAGCGAACUUCUCAGGCUAAAAAGGAAUCUGUUCAAAUUCGCACAUCCUCGCCUGAUCCUCGAGCCAUUCAUGUGCUAGUCCACCAAGAAGACCUACGACCUGUUGUUUUGCACCACGAGACCCCCGUUAGACAAGGAAAGAAACCGCGCCAAGAGCAGAAGUCAGGUUUCAAGCGCAUAGGAGCACCAUCCAACCAAAAGAUGGCCGCUGAGCUCGACCCCUUCCGUUUCCACGGCCGAGAAAGCACACAGGAGGCACGAAACCAAGUUGUCAACGAUCAGAGGCUGUCUUAUGAGUAUCAAAACCUGGCUGACGAGUACCACCAAGCUACCAAAAGGCUGCCUGCUUUGCAGAGUACAGAGCCACUGAAAGAGGCCUACGCCUUAGCAUCUACACUUGAACGCGCGCGCGAGAAGUUGAAGACCGCUGCGUACGCGAGCAAGAACAAGGAGACCGAUGCGUACGAGAACGAGAACGAGAACGAGAACUAUGCAAACAUUUAUGUCCAAUACACCAAGACCGCGCAGCAACCUUCAUCCUCGUCUCCAUUUCCGCCCCCCAACGUAAAUUCCUUCAAGAACUCCACCAGAAUCCCCGCUCCCAAGGCCGCCGCUUCUUCUGCGCGUCGUAAACUCUUCUCCGCCAAACCAAGUGCUCAUCGCAACUUGUCGUCCCAAGAGCCUACUCGUCUGCCAAUGCGCCCAAAAGUAGCUGGUAGAUCUUCGAGCUACGAUACUGGUGUCGACGAUCCCGUCUACCGGUAUCAGGCGUAUGCGGAGGAUAGCUGGGAGGAUAGCCCCGAGGGUUCGCCUCGUGCAGCUCCCGGGAGUUGA